AUGCGGAUACGAAGAAAUGCGCUACGAAUUUUUGCACCUACGAAGAAAUGCGAGACGAAGUAAUGCGACACGAAUAAAUGCGCCGACGAAGAUUUGCGGACGAAGAAAUGCGGACGAAGAAUUGCGCGACGAAGAAAUGCCAUACGAAGAUUUGUCCUGGAAUCGCUAUUUUGGAUAAGCAAGAUGGGUGAAUGAGCGCAGGGCAUGUGUUGUGUUAUGUUUUUACAAAUUGAAAUCAGAAUGUCAAUGUGCUGACCUAGUGCGUAGGUGAUUGCAUAGAUAGGUAGGUGUUGUGUAAAAUUUUGAUCUUGAGUUCUAUGACAGACGAGUUUAGCAGAAUAAGAUUGUCAAGCAAUUCAAUUAGAGCUCUGUGGUCAAGUGUUUUCAAGUGAUGGCUUUCCAUGGUUUGAAGAAGUCAAAGUGCCUAUUUGAGGUUAAUUUUUCAGUGCUGUAAUACAAUACCCUUGCAUUUAUUUUCUUAUUUCAAAUAUACUAUUUUAUUUAAGUUGUAUACACCAUUAAUUUCAAAUUUACUAUUAUUCAUUACCACCAAGCUAUCAAGCAGAACAAUGUCUAGCAAGGAUGACAGGGACGCUCCCGACGACGACGACAACUGGGUAACUGUCGGCGCUCGUCCGCGCCAGAAGACCGCUCCACUAUCUUCCGCGCCGGCCCACUCUGCCGCCGGGGGCCGUAAGAAGCGCCAGGACCCGCCGAUGUCGGCCCGGCGCACCGAGCACAGGGAGAACGACUGGCAGCUGGUGAUGCGCUCGCGCCAGGCCCUCACCAAGCUCCGCGACGAAGACUUCGCGCUCACCCGGCUCGGUCAGGUUCACACUGUCGAGCCGCGCAAGCCGAACCCGCGGCCGGCCGCCCGCAGCCGGCUCGGCGCCAGGUUCCCGACGGAGAUGGCGUCGGAUCGGCCGAACCGGCCGCCGGCAGUGCUGCGGCGGCCCGUGCGGCUCGUCAUGCCAAAGUUUGACCUGCCACUCCGCUCGGAGGCUGACUUUCCGAGUCUGCGCGGCGUUGCUGAGUCGUCCGCGCCAGCCGCCGCCGGCACCGAGAGGCGCCGCUCCAGUGUGGCGCACAAGCUGGACGAGUCGCUGCGCUCGAUGGCGGGGGCGGCCGCGCAGCAGGGCGAGCCCGCCGCCUCCGACACUGCCGCCGCCGCCCCACCAAUGCCGCAGACUCCGCCGAUCCGGCCCGUGGCCUAUGCGGAGGCGGUAUCGUGGCGCGCGCGGCCAGCGAAGAAAUCCGAGAGGCGUGACGUGGUGCGCGGAGAGAUUCGUGAGGAUAUCGCCAUGCUGCAGACCGCUACCGCGCAGAAAUCCGCUGCCGAAGCGCCGCCGGCCGCCGCGGAGCCUUCGCCCAGCUCAGCCGCCACCGGUGAGACCCCGCAGAAGAAGAAAGAAAAGGAGAAGCGACAGAUGAAGAAGGCCAAAAAGAAGGAGAGUCAGUUGAUUCUGGCGCGUCUGAACGCCAGCAAGGACACGCACGUGCAGCUGGUGACUGCUGACGCGUUCGAGCGACUGAACAGCCCGCACAGCAACCGCUGGCGACGCAGUCAGGCGGAGGCGGUGGACCUGCGGGCCGCCGAUCACUACCCGAGUCUGGCCGAGACGGCGGUGGCCCAGGCCGCUGCCCCAGCCACCGCCGCGGCUAGCGCUGCUGCCACCGCUGCUGCUCCUGAGGUGGCCCCUGAGACACCCACUGAGGACCCGCCGCAGCGGGACAGCGUGUGGCGCACCAGCGGGUCGCACGAGCCCCGGCCGCCGGACAGGAAGGACGGUGGAGCGAAGACCUACAGCAGGAUGCUGCGGGAGCUGCCGAAGUCGCUGCCGCCACCCGUCAACGUCAAGGAGCUCGUGGAAGCGAAAGAAACGAAGAAGAAGGCGCCGAAGAAGCGAAUGCCGAUCGAGGCGAGCAUCAUGGAUCUAGCAUUCAUGCCGGCGUCGCGGUCGCGGCGGUCGGGACAGCAGGACGACGGUGCAACGUCCGCUCAGAGGUCGACCACCCGCCGCCUCGUCAAGCCGGUCCGUGCCAUCGGCAACCGACUCGACUCGAGCGUGCUGGUACACAAACGCGGCAAGGAGCGCACCAAGAAGAAGAAACCGUCGCUGCUGAAGCGCGUGAUCCUGCGGGAGCGGGCCGAGCGGCGCCGGCGCGCUGGUCUGGAGGCGGCGGCCACUGCGCUCUUCGCUGGUCUGUCGGUACGGGAGGUCGGUGAGGGGGGAGUGGAGGGGAAGACGGAGCCGGGUGGGGCGGCGGAGGGGGCGAGUGUGACUGUGGGUCAGGCGGACAGUGCACAGCCGCAGGCGGAGGAGACGGAUAAGACUGGUGUGGCUUCGGCGUCUGUGGUAGGGCAGGACAUCACGUCGCAGAACCAGGACUCAGAAGCGGCACGAAGACGCGAACAGUCUGCCUCUUCAGCCGUCGAGCAACAGACUACGAUGGAAACACCGUUCGUGAUUCUGAAGCGAGAGUCGGUAUCAACUUCACCUCAGAAACCCACGCCAGAAGUGAAACAAGCUUUUGCUUCACUCCCCGAAUCAGUACAAAAAGUCAUCAUCAAGAUAAAGCAGGAGCCGCUAACCCCAACCGCAGUAGAAAAUGUCCCGCAAGAAACAGAUCAGGCACAAAAGGUAAACUCGUUACCAAACAAAUCAGCGACAUCCGUCUGCAGUGUUCUGUCAUCUACAUCUCCGGUAAAGGAAGCGCAGGACGCAGCAGUAAAACAAGAAGUGAAGACAGAACCUAAACAAGAGAAUAACCAGAAGCCCGACGAGGCAGCGUCUCCCGCACCAGUCGCAGAUAGCAAGGACUCUGGGCCGGCAGGUGAUGAUAAUGACGACGAACCGCCCUCCCGGGGACCCGACUACAAUCCCUGCAUCACCGUCGACCCGAAGGUACUGAUCCACAGCAGCAAGUUCCGCGAGUACUGCCAACAGGCGCUCAGUCCCGAAAUCGACGAGUCCGCUCGCCUAUUACUGCAGGACCUGACGCGCUUCCAGGACCGGCUGUACAACCGCGACCCGAUCAAGGCUCGCGCGCGCCGGCGACUCGUGUUUGGGCUACGGGAGGUGUCCAAACACCUGGCCGUUAAGAAGCUGGCGUGUGUGAUUUUGGCGCCCAACAUUGAGAAGAUCGAGACGGCCGGCGGGCUGGACCAGGCUGUUGAGCGACUGCUCACUCUCGCCUCAGAGCGUGAGGUUCCUCUGGUGUUUGCGCUCAAACGCCGCGCGCUGGGCCACGCCUGCAAGAAGCCGGUGCCUGUGAGCUGUGUGGGAAUCUUCAACUACCAGGGAAGUGAGGACAACUACAAGCGGCUGAUGCAGCUGACGGAGGCGGCGCAGGAGCGGUACCGGGCUAUGGUAGCGGACGUGGAGCGCGCUCUGCGACCUCCGCCGCCGCAGGAGGAGCUCUCGCCCUCCGAGAAACUGCUGGGAGUGAUUGACGAUAUUAGUCGACAGAAGCAGCCGCCGCUGCUGAGCGAGCCGCGCGGGGACGAUCCUACCCACUCGCUGCUGGCGAAACUGAGGUCAGUGACAAUCGGGGGUCCGGUAAGCGGGUGAACGGAGUGGGAGUGCAGUCCGCAGGGAGGGGCUCAAUGGGAGUUAGACAGCUGUGAUAGGGUCUGGGUGAUUGGAGUGACUGGUGCGUAGGCAGAAUGUGGAUUACAUGUUUAUCGGGGAUUGUUUAUUGUGUGAAUGUUUUCUUUACCGAAUCAGGUACGAUUUCGAGUCGACGUAAUUGUAGCACUGUCAGCACAUAAAUAUUAUUUCGUUGCAAAUGAGUGCGCACUGUGCAAUGUGUUAAGUAUUGUUUGCCGUGUAAUCGAGUGCUGCCCAACUGAACGGAGAAGAACGACUAUGUUUUGAAAGACCGAUCGUGCCUUUACCAGCAGGGCGUAGAGCACGUGUGUUUGUCACCGCACAAUGAAAAUAUAUUCCCCAUGUUC